UGCCGCUCGGACUUGCCGGCCGGCGGGACGUCUCCACAGCCACCUCGUGUGCAUGUAAACAAAGCCUAAGUAAACAAUAUAUAUUCAGGACCAUAGGCGGUCAGGUCGCAGUUCGCCACCGGUGUUUGCCCCGAACUAUUGUGACUCGCUUGUGGAUCAGUGAUGGACAAGGACGGCAUCUCCGGGUGGGGCUGGUGGCAGGCGCGCAUCGCGCUGCUGCUGGCGCUGCCGGUGCUGCUGACCGGCAUGUACGGCACCAACUACGUGUUCCUGGCUGCGCACACGCCGCACAGGUGCCACAUUCCAGAGUGCGAAGACAACAGCACACUUCUAGAUGUUUCGGAAGAAAGCUGGGCGCCCGACUGGGCCGUGUGGGCGCUGCACCCCGACUCUGUCUGCGAGAGACCUCAAGCGGUGGACGGUAGCUGUAGCGCGGCAUCUUUUAAUAGUUCAGCUUUGCUUGUCUGUGAUGGAUUCGUUUAUCAGCAUAGGAGUAGCAUUGUUUCUGAGUUCAGUCUGGCGUGUCAGGAGUGGAAGCGCACUCUGGUGGGCACCAUCCACAACGUGGGCAUGCUCGUGUCGCUGCCCAUCAUGGGUUAUGUUUCUGACAGAUGGGGUCGUCGCGCAGCUCUCCUCACGAGCGGUGUAGGCGCGGGUUUGCUCGGGCUGUGCAAGUCGUUCGUGGGCUCGUACCCCGCCUACCUCGCCAUGGAGUUCCUGGAGACUGUGUUCGGUGCUAGCGUCUAUCCCGCUGCUUUUGUGCUGAUGAUCGAGUGGCUGGGAGUUGAACAAAGGAUCUUAGCCAGCUUACUGCUUGGUAUUCCACUAGCGGCUGGAGCAGCUACGUUAGCCCUGCUCGAUUACCUGACAGGCUACUGGCGGACAUGGGCCAGAUUCGCAUACCCACCGUCCUUCUUACUCCUCCUCUACCCAUGGUUACUGCCAGAAAGUAUACGGUGGCUGGUGGCCAAAGGAAGAUUAACCGAAGCAGUAAGUUCUAUGAAGAACGCAGCAAGGGUCAAUAAAGUUGCAAUCCCUGAAGAUAUUCUGGAGCGAAUGUUGUCCAAAGAUCAAAUAACUGAGAAAGUUGAACAAGUUGUCGAAGAAGAAAGCUUGUUUAGAGCUUUUAUAAAGUACAGCGCGCUCCGGCGGCGCCUGUGCGUGUGCUUCGCGUGGUGGGCGUCCGCAGUGUUCGUGUUCUACGGGCUGGCGGUGCGCGCGCACGCGCUGGCCGGCUCGGCGCACGCCAACUACGCGCUGCUGGCGGCGGCCGAGCUGCCCGCGCUGGCGCUCAACACGCUGCUGCUGGACCGCGCGGGCAGGCGCCCGCUGCUCACGGCCGCGUUCCUCUUGACCGCGGUCGCGCUUAUCGCUAUACCGUGCUUGCCUAACCAGGAGGGUGCAGCGGGCACGCUGCUGUUCGUGUUGGGCAAGGCGGGCGCGACGAUGGCGCUGAACGCGCUGUACGUGUACACGGCGGAGCUGUUCCCGACGCGCGCGCGCCAGCGCCUGCUCGCCGCCUGCUCCACGUGCGGCCGCCUCGGGGCCAUCCUCGCGCCGCAGACGCCGCUGCUGGCGGUAUACGGCAAGUGGGUGCCCACAACGGUGCUGGGCGCUCUGCCCCUGCUCAGCGCAGCCCUGACGCGGCUGGUGCCCGACACGCUCGGGCGCCGCCUGCCCGACUCCUUCGCCGACCUCGACUCCAGCGCCACUGACGUCACCGACCUCGCCUGAAGUGUACAAGCAGAUAGUAUGGAUCUCAUUUAGGAUUACACGUGCGAUGCACUAUCAUUGGGGGAAUUUCGGAUGAGGGGUCAUUUCAGGAAAUUGUGAUACCACUUUAGAGCAUCGCUUUAUCGUAAGUAUAGUGACGGAAGGGCAUAAAGAUAUACAGGGUUACUUGUAAAACACCAGCAACCUCGCAGGACAAGAUAGCUAACAUCAUAAGUAACAACAUUUGAUCUACGACUUUUGGCAUAA